GGACGACUCGCGUGCAAACCCCGUCCGAUUCGCUCUCCGACUCCGAGUCACUCUGUGAAAAUGCGCUGAGUGCGCAAGGAGUUGUCGGUUCUACAAGCAACUACAGCGCGCGUCUCCAUCUAUUUUCGAAAUUGCGCGGCUGCGGUCCAUCGCUUUGCACCGCGUUGCAGAUUUCACAUAGAGACCAGCCAGGUCAACUGCACAUAUUCUCCGCCAUGGCCCACCCGGCUGCCCGCGCCGUUGUACAUAUUCUGUUGCUGUGGGCGCGGCACGCGGCGGGAGGACCUCCCGACCACGCGUGCGUGGCGACCUGCUUCGGCGCAUCAUGUGACCAUUGGGACGGCGGCGCGUGGGGCACCUGUGCGGACCUCGAGGCGACGUACGGCUGCGACUGCACCGGCUGCGAGUGUGAUGGUGCGUACCCGGCGUCGUAAACCACAACACGCCAUCGACGCGACGCAUCGACCCACGCAGGCUGUCCCCAAGCGCCGUGCGACAACCCGCUCUUCGACGCGGACGAGUGUCCGACGGCCGGCGACGCUACCUGCGACCCCGAGCUCAACGACGCCACCUGCGCCUACGACGGCGGCGACUGCUGCGCGUCGACGUGUCAAGGCGUGAACUGCGGUCCUUUCGACUGCCGCGACCCGGCCGAGGCCCGGCACCACGACGCACAACAUGCCGAGGACGACCGCUGGCGCCAGCGCGGCCGCCGCGGCGUGAGCGGCGGCCUCGUCAUCGUGAUCAUAUUGGCGGUGGGGACCGCAGUGAGCUGUUGGCUGCGGCACAAAAGGUCCGUGCGGCUCGAGGCGAUCCGAAUGGCGAUAAAGGAACGACCCGUCGGGGACGGCGACAUUGCCGCUGCGGCAGCGAUGGUCGCGACGCUCUCGCGGGACGUGUCGGGGGCCGAGUUCAGUGAGGAGGUGUGCCCGAUUUGCCUCUACGAGCUCUGCGACGGCGACCACGGCCGCGAGGAGGCGGGCCUCGACGACGACGCGGUCGUCCUGCCGUGCGCCCACGCGUUCCACGGCCGCUGCCUCCGGCCCUGGUUCGCGUUGGCCUACUCGGACGCGCUGCGGGCGGGCGAGGCGCCGACCCUCGCGUGCCCGGUCUGCCGGGCCGUCGUGCCGGAAGGCGAGCCGGAAGCUUGAUAUUCGCUGUGUACAUCGUGUCCCCAUCCUCCCGUCUUAUAUUAAUCACAAGCAACAUUAAUA